CAAAACGGACAGUCUAUCUUACAGUUAGACUUCUUACGUCUGCUGUCCAGGGCAAGUCCACUUCAGUCGCAUUCACAUCGUUCUUCUUCCACAACGGGCAGUGGAAGGCAACCAAGCCAACAACGCCCACAAGAAGCCCCGCGAUUACGUCGUUUCGUGGCGUCACCAUCCCGUACACGGUGGCAAACAGUUCCUCCCCGCCCAGUACCCUCGCGUCACCAGCAAGUUACCGUGAAGUUCAGGUUUUGACACCUCGCAAGCUCUUAAGAGUAUAUUCCCAGCUCGCAAAGUCGCGACUCACCACGCUAGUUGUCCUCACCGCAAUGGCUGGUGUUGCCCUUUCCCCUCUCCCCGCAACUGUGCCUGUACUCCUUUCGACCGCUCUGGGCACCGCUCUAUGCUCUGCGUCUGCAAACACCCUGAAUCAAAUCCAAGAAGUACCGUAUGAUGCACAAAUGUCCCGCACACGCAUGCGUUCACUCGUGCGUAAAGCUAUCAGUCCUCUGCGUGCUGGCGGCUUUGCUGUCGUCACAGGCAUACUAGGACCGGCUUUGCUUUGGACGAUGGUCAACCCAACCACCGCCAUAUUGGGCGCGGCGAAUGUUGCGUUAUAUGCAGGCGCAUAUACAUGGAUGAAGCGAACUAGUAUCUGGAACACAUGGGCUGGGGCGAUUGUCGGUGCCAUCCCACCACUGAUGGGCUGGACAGCAUGCGGCGGACAACUUCUGCCCUCGUCCUCGUAUCCCGUGGAAUUGUUCCUACCAUCUCUUCUCACAUCGACGCCAACUAUGGAUUUGUCUCUCAUAGACAACCCCUUAGCACCACUCGCGCUAUUCGCACUCCUCUUCAGCUGGCAAUUCCCGCAUUUCAACUCUUUGUCUCACCUCGUUCGCGGGUCGUAUGCGCAAGCGGGCUAUCAGAUGCUCUCGGUGAUCUCGCCCUCGAAGAACAGUCUCGUGUCGCUCCGGCACGCUCUCAUUUUGGGCUCGGUAUGCUCCGUUCUCAUCCCCAUCUCAGGUCUUACGACCUGGACGUUUGCCCUAACGAGCCUCGUCCCAAAUAUACUCGGAAUCCGAGCGAGUUGGGCCUUCUGGAGGUUCGGUGGGGAGAAGCAAGCGAGAGAGGUGUGGCAGCACAGUCUGUGGUACCUGCCAGUCAUUCUUGGCCUAAUGAUGAUCCAUAAGCGGGGUAUGGACUGGACGACAUGGUUUACGAGUGGAGGGGAGGCACAGGAGAGUGAGAUGUAGCUAAGCUUUGUUUGUGCUGUAUCGGCUAGAAUAUAUGCUACCAUACAGACAAGAACAUCCG